CGGACAUACUGACAUCGGCCCCUGCCCUUCGCCAAGUUGGCGGGUCUUUGAAAGUGGGCCCUGAAGACCCAAGAGCUCCCACGCCGCCCGGGAAUGGUCUGGACGCUUUAAGUUUCCAAGGAAACGCCUUUUCCGUACAGCAAUAUGGCGGCGCCCAUCGGCUCUCCUUCCCCACCCUCUCUUUAAUGGUUACUGUUUGGUGCUAUUUCCGUGAGGCGGCGUGCAUUUUACCGACCGGAGACGAGGACACUUUUAAGGAUUUAUUGACUUACAUACCGAAGAAUGCUGACCUAGUGACUGGAUCCAAGAACUAAAGCAAGGAGUGUGGAAGACAUGAGAAGAUAGUAGGAGGAUUAUAUUGGGAUUCCAGAUAAUAACAAGUUAAAAACUUCUUUGGCUGAGUUGGCUGAAAAUUUUGAAUGAUCAACUCUGAAGUGAAAAGAAGUUUAUAUUAAAACACUGCAGCUUUCCUUAGAGCUGUUAUAUAUAUUAACAAGCAUGAAAUUCUCUUCCAUGCACAUCAAAUCUGUGAAUUAAGUAUGUGUUUAUUGGAAUACAGAUUAUUUAAGAACUUGAUCUUCAAAGUUCUGUUUUACUUCUAAUUUUUGAUUCCUAGACUUUUUUUGAAGGAAGAAAAUGUCUGUAGUACACCAGCUGUCAUCUGGGUGGCUACUGGAUCAUCUUUCUUUCAUUAACAAGAUAAAUUAUCAAUGUCAGCAACAUCAUGAACCUCAUUGCAAAAAUAAGCCUGCUUCUUCUGUCCAUUUUGAUUCUCUUCAUAUGGAUUCUUUGUCAUGUUUUGGUGCCUCUGCUCCAUGUAUUGCUUUGAACUCUACCACUAAGCCAGAGAAUGAGGAUGGGGGAAAUUGUGAAGUAUUCACAAAAAAAUAUGUCUUUCGGCCUGAACUGUUUAAUGUCACCAAACCUUAUAUAACUGCACCUGUUCACAAAGAACACCAACAAAGUAAUGAAAAAGAACAUCUAAUGAAUGGUGUUAAAAGAGAAAUCUCCGUUUCUGUUAUUGGGAAGAAGCGUAAAAGAUGUGUUGCUUUCAAUCAAGGUGAAUUGGAUGCUAUGGAGUAUCAUACAAAGAUCCGAGAACUGAUUUUGGAUGGAUCUUUACAGUUAAUCCAAGAAGGUCUCAGAAGUGGUUUCCUUUAUCCACUUGCUGAAAAUCGAGACAAGUGUAGUGGUGAACCCAUUAUUCUACCUCUAGAGUCCUGCAGUUUGUCUGAAUUAUGUGCAAUGGCAAAGCAUUUGCCUUCUCUGAAUAAUAUGGAACUUCAGACAUUGCAAUUAAUGGAAGAUGAUACUUCUGUUACAGAGCAGGAUUUGUUUUCACGCGUUGUUGAAAACAAAUCUUGCUUCUCAAAAAUGAUUACCUUAAUGGGAGAGAAAUACCUGCUGCCACCAAAAAGCAGUUUUCUUUUGUCUGAUAUUUCCUGUAUGCAGCCACUUCUGAACUGUAGGAAAACAUUUGAUGUAAUUGUGAUUGAUCCACCAUGGCAGAAUAAGUCAGUUAAAAGAAGUAACAGGUACAGUUAUUUGUCAUCACUGCAAAUAAAACAGAUACCCAUUCCUGAACUGGCUGCCCCAAACUGCCUUAUUGUUACUUGGGUGACCAAUAGACAGAAGCACCUGCGUUUUGUUAAGGAAGAGCUUUAUCCUUCUUGGUCUGUGGAGAUGCUUGCUGAAUGGCAUUGGGUAAAAAUCACCAAUUCGGGAGAGUUUGUGUUCCCGUUAGAUUCACCACACAAAAAACCUUAUGAAGGCCUUAUACUGGGGAGAGUUAAAAAAAAAGCUGCUUUACCAUUAAGGAACCCAGAUGUAAAAGUGCUGCCCAUUCCAGAUCACAAACUAAUUGUCAGUGUGCCUUGUAUUCUUCACUCACAUAAACCACCUCUUGCUGAGGUUCUGAAAGAUUACAUCAAGCCAGAUGGAGAAUGUUUGGAAUUAUUUGCUCGAAAUUUACAGCCAGGUUGGACUAGCUGGGGCAAUGAAGUUCUCAAAUUUCAGCAUGUGGAUUAUUUUAUUACUCUGGAAUCUGGACACUGAUGGGGCCUUGCCCAAGGACUUGGAAAAGCAGAGGGAAAUUAAAUUGUUUCUCGCAUCAACAUAUUGGAACUGCCAAUAUUUAAUGAACAAAUGAAUCGACUCUUGGCUUUCAAGUAUCUUUCAAUUAAUUGAAUUGACAGACUCCUGUAAGAAGUUAGUAGAGCAUAAUAAAUCAGAAUAUGCAGUCAGAGACUGAGCAGUGGAACAGGUAGAAAGUAUUGCAAAAGUUCAGAGAAGCAGAUCUUUUAGAGAAUAUGAAGCAACAUGAGAAAUGUUAAAUUUAGUUUAUUUCUAAACUCCAGUUAGUGACUGGAAUGCAGUUAACAGACAAUAGGCAGCUAACGUGCUGAUUAAACAUCCUGGUUCAGAAGAAUUUAAAGGAAUUAGGUCCUUUAGAUGGGUAAACCUUAAAAAAAAUUGCUUACCUAGAGACUUAGCAGUUAAUACACAAAUUUUUGUUGUUGUUGUUGUUUUACUUUUCUUUAAGUCACAAACAUGUUUUAAUCUUCACAAUGGU